AUGCCGUCCGACAAGAGGUACCCUACCGAUGCCUCAAAACUACGGACCCCUCCAAGAUUGCAAGUUGAUGAGUUUAAUGAGAAAUAUUUAUCGUCAGUUGAAUAUCCAAAUCAUGUUAAACACAAAGACGUUUUACCUGAAAUUGUGCGUGACACGCCGAGAAAUCCUUUAAUCGGGUCUAAUAUUAAUAAAAAUAGCCCAAUUGUAACGGAAAAUGAUUUGGCUCUAGUUUUUCGAGGGAGAAGAUAUGCUAUUCCACCACAAUUUUAUGAAUACGACGAUGACGAUGAAGAAUUCAAAAU